AUGUCACCUGGCGCUCUGCUGGCAUCUCAAAAUACUACCGCCACAGCUCCCCAAGCUAUUGCGUAUGAUUUUCGCCUUUAUCGAUACACGCCAUCAUUAGAAGUCCCGAUAGUAACCGUCGUUGUAUUCGCUAUCCUCACCGGCUAUCAUGCCUUUCUUAUUAAGCGGCAUCAGUCUUUUUACUUCACUGCAUUCACAGUUGGCGGCCUGUGUUAUGCUGGUCGCAUUUGGUCACAUUAUGAUACAAUGGCUAUCGGCGGCUUCGUCAUCCAGGCUAUCUUGAUUCUCGUUGCCCCUGCACUAUAUGCAGCUUCAAUAUACAUGAUCCUCGCACGACUUAUUCGCGCUAUUAAUGCUCAACAAUUAUCCAUUCUGGUGGCGGGGGCGUUCAGGCGGCCGGAACACUUGACCUCUAUUAUUGGCGAAAAAAUUAUCAUUACCGGUCUAUUCGUGCAGAUUGCCUUCUUUGGCUUCUUUAUAAUUACAACAAUUACAUUUCACUAUAAACUUAUCAACAAUCCUACACCAGCUGCAGUGGCUCGAAUUAUUCGUUGGAAACGCCAUAUCUAUAUCCUCUAUACUACUAGCUCUCUGAUACUUGUCCGAAGUAUUGUCCGCGUCAUCGAAUAUCUCCAAGGCAACGGCGGGUACCUGAUAUCCCACGAAGCAUUCCUCUAUGUCUUUGAUGCUCUGCUUAUGGUUUCUGUCAUGGUCAUCUUUGCUAUUUGGUAUAUUGGAGAUCUUGAGCAGGAAUGGGAAACGGUGCAGUAAUUGCUGUCCCGAUCUAGCUAUGGGGAUGAUAGGAAUGGGCUUGGUGCCGAUCAAAGGCCUGUAGAAUUGAAGCAGAUGGUUUGAUGCAUUUCGUC